ACGUAAAAACGUCCAUGUUUACUACAAUCCGAUAUAGACCAGAAACUUCGAAUUUCGGUCUUUGAAAUGAAAUAAAAUUCGUCAUUACUGAAUGAAGCGUUAAAUAUAGCAGUUUAUCGUUAAGUGUUAGCUAUAUUUCGAAACGAAUGACCGGAUAUGUGUAGUUUAAUUUGAGCAAAUGGAGUUGUAGACAAAGCAGCAACAGAACAACAAUGAACAGACUUCGUUCUAGACGUUUCUGAUAAAAUUAGUGAGCUCGGCUUCGUCCUGCAGGAUGCUUCGAGAGUCGUAUCCCUUCGCGGAGGACAGUUUCAGCCGCUUCCCGUCGCAGAGUAACAUUUACGGGCUGUGUCAGGCCGGGGAGCAGGAGCUGUUGGCGGCCACCCUCAAAGGGAAGGUGCUGUGUUUCAGAUACCAGGGGCUGAAGCACAAAAUCCGGCCUGUGGCCAAGGAGGUCCAGUUCACCUACAUCCCAGUUGAUGCAGAGAUUGUCUCAAUUGACGCCUUCAACAAGUCUCCACCCAAAAGAGGCCUGGUGGUGGGCAUCACAUUCGUAAAGGACUCUGGGGACAAAGCCACGCCAUUCCUGAAUAUCUACUGUGACUACGAGCCGGGCUCGGAGUUCAACCUCGAGUCUAUUGCACAGAGUUGCCUGAAUCUGGAGUUGCAGUUCACGCCCUUUCACCUGUACCACACAGAAGUGCAGUGUGACGAUGGAGGCAGAGAGACAGUGUUCCUGCUCAGUGGCCAUGACCAGAGGAUCCACCUAUACAAGGAGAAUGCCUCCCUCCACCAGUUUGAAGAGCAGCCAGUGGAGAGACUCUUCCCUGAACUACAACAACUGCCCAGCAAUGUGCUUUGGCUGGAUAUGUUGAGUAUAGCUGGUGGCCGGCGGCUCUCAGCGUUUGGCUGUCAGAAUGGCUGCGUUGGACUGGCUCUGGUCAACCAGACGGGCCCAGAGGUUAUGCAGAGCUGGCGCUUCCAGUUUGACAGUCCGAUCUCUUCAGUGCUGCUGUUCCCUCUGUGCUGCCAGACCGAGCCCAGCCAGCCCACCGGAGAGCAAAGUGUGGAAAUGGAAAGCUACAACCUCCUAGUAACGAGUAGUAUAGAGAUGGCAGUUGUCUACAGAGAUGUCCAGGAGCAAGGCUUGUCUCGCUCGGUGUGCCUCUCAGAGAGUGACCAGUGGGACGCUGUGCUUUGUGCUCUGGUCAUUGACCUGGACUUUGACGGGCAGAAGGAGGUGCUGUUGGGAACAUACGGGCAGGAACUUCUUUGUUACAAAUUCCAGCCAGCAGAGAGAGGAAGAGAUGGAGAGUUUCAGCUGCAGUGGAGGCGGAGCUUUAAGAGUCCUUUGCUGUCCAUCAUCUACUUAGACUUGACUGGGGACGGUUUGAGAGAGCUGGCUGUCCUCACACUGAAGGGACUGCAUAUCUUACAGCAUUCUCUCAGCAGCACUGCAGAUUUGGUCCUGGAGCGGCUCGCCCUCAGGGUGUCAGCCCUCUCAGCGGGCUCCGAGCUGGAGUUAGCCAAAGCACAAGACAUUGAGGAGAAGGAUGCCCCAGCUAAGUCAGAGGAGAGUGCAGCUCAGACACCCCCGACAUAAGAGAAACAAUGCAAAAGUUGUUAAAGCGUAACUCUUGCCCAAAUACAACCUAGGGUCUUUUUGUGAUGGUACCUGAGUCAAACUUUUUUUGGCACUAGGUCUGGUGCACCAGGCUUACAAUACACUGGGGGAAACCCUGAGAUUGAAGUGUUUGCCUUAUUUACAAGUGGGAAGUGAAGGAUUUUCUCAGAGGUGCAUAUAACUGAACAUUUAGUUGUGAUGAUAGUUACAAAAUGCAACAUCACAGUAACCACUAAAAACAGAAACACCCUGCGUUGUGGUGGGAUUCUGAAUGUAGGUGUCAGUGAAAGGAAGUGUGUGAAGAGCUGACAUUAAGGAGAAGAUGUAAUGUAGAUUUGAUAAUAAAUCCCAUCUGGGUCUAUACAC